GUUUGGUUUUCGUGUUGACAGACAUUGAAAAUUAUUGUAGUCCUAGGUGUAAAUUAUAAUAAAUAUUAUGAGCAGUUAGUGAAAAAGAAAUAAUUAAAAUAAUAUUUUGCAAACAUACAAGCAAAAUAAAUUAAACUUGCGCCAAGAAGAAAGUUAUGUUUGAUAAGUUUAAAACAAGGGCUUAAAUAUGAAUGUUCCUCCAUCCGUACCACCUAUGGCCGGUUUAUCCUCAACAAUUGGAUAUCCCCCGAUGGUGCCUUCGUUUAAUAUGCCCCCACCUGGGUUUGGACCGCCUGCAGAAAUAGCUGCAGCGUUUGGAGCCACAUCCUCAGAAUGGAGUGAGCAUAAGGCGCCAGAUGGUAGGCCGUAUUACUACAAUAAUGUAACUAAACAAAGCUCCUGGGACAAGCCAGAUGACUUAAAAACUCCAGUUGAAAAAAUAAUUGCGUCUUGUCCAUGGAAAGAAUAUCGAUCGGAUAAUGGAAAAAUAUACUAUCACAAUGUUAACACAAAAGAUUCAAGAUGGGAACCCCCAGCUGAAUACCUGGAAAUGCAAUCAAAAGUCAAGGCAGAAGAAGCUGCAGCAACUGCAAAGGCGGUUGCUGCAUUAACAUCAUCUUCUAUGGCUGGCAUGAUUAUUCCACCCUCCAUAGCUUCUGUCUUGCCGGCAACCAUAGCUGCUGCCUCAAAACUAUCAACACCUGACAUUAGUUCACCUGCUUGCGAUACACCUCCCGGUAGUAAUGAAAAUUCUUCUUCGGCUUUGGAUCAGGCUAUGGCCGCUACACUUGCGUCAAUUGAAAUUCCACAAACUGCAUUCAAGGAAGAAAAAGAAAACAAAAAUCAAAAAACCGGGAUAGAAGAAGUAAAAUUGAUUUUUAAAGAUAAAAAAGAAGCAAUAGAAGCAUUUAAAGACCUUCUGAAAGAAAAAAACGUACCAUCAAAUGCUAAUUGGGAUCAGUGUGUUAAAAUUAUUUCAAAAGACGCUCGAUAUAACUCUUUUAAAGGAUUGAAUGAAAAAAAGCAAACGUUUAACGCUUAUAAAACUCAAAAGUUAAAGGAUGAGCGAGAAGAGUCCCGCCUGAGGGCUAAAAAAGCUAAAGAAGAUCUGGAAAAAUUUCUUAUGUCAUCCGAAAAAAUGAAUUCACAAAUAAAGUUCUACAAAUGUGAGGAAAUAUUCGCUACAAAUAAAAUUUGGACUGUUGUUCCUGAACAAGAUCGUCGUGAUAUAUUUGACGAUUGUAUCUUUAACUUAUCAAAACGUGAAAAGGAAGAAUCGCGAGUAAUGAAAAAGCGAAAUAUGAAAGUGCUGGGUGAAUUACUUGAAUCCAUGGCGUCAAUAACAUACCAAACGACUUGGUCUGAGGCACAAGUAAUGUUAUUGGAAAACGCUUCAUUUAAAAAUGAUGUGAAUCUACUUGGAAUGGACAAGGAAGAUGCUUUAAUUGUUUUUGAAGAACAUAUUCGGAGUCUCGAAAAAGAAGAGGAAGAAGAAAAAGAGCGAGAAAAAAAGCGAAUCAAGCGACAGCAACGUAAAAACAGGGAUUCUUUCUUAACUUUGCUAGACUCCUUACAUGAGGAGGGGAAAUUGACAUCAAUGUCUUUAUGGGUAGAACUUUAUCCAGUUAUUUCAGCUGAUUUGCGUUUUUCAGCAAUGUUAGGCCAAUCGGGAUCCACUCCGCUUGAUUUAUUCAAAUUUUAUGUAGAAGACUUAAAAGCAAGAUUUCAUGAUGAAAAGAAAAUCAUUAGAGAAAUACUUAAAGAAAAGCAGUUUCAGGUUAAGGCUAAUACAACUUUUGAAGAUUUUGCAACAGUUGUAUGUGAAGAUAAACGCUCUGCUAAUUUGGAUGCCGGCAAUGUUAAAUUAACAUACAAUUCGUUACUCGAAAAGGCUGAGACUGCAGAAAAAGAACGAUUGAAGGAGGAACAUAAGCGUUUAAAAAAAUUGGAAAGUGAGAUUAAAGGUGAAUGGCUUGAGGGAAAUAUAACUGCGAGCGAUACUUUUGAGGCAGCCAAAAAACAUGUUGAACAUUUAGAGGCAUGUAUCUUAUAUGAAAGGGACUAUAGUUUGGAAAAAGUUUGGGAAGAUUUUGUUAAAGAAUGUGAAGAUGCGUGCAGCCAUCACCAUUCCAGAUCCAGGAAGUCGAAAAAAAACAAGAAACAUAAAAAACGACCUCGGUCUAGCUCCAAAUCGGAUAUUGAAAAUGAUGUUUCCGAAUUUGAACAAGAAAAAUUGCGCAAGAAGAAAUCCAGAUCGCAUUCGCAAUCCGUAAGCAGCAGUGAAAGCAUCGAAAGCGAAAAAAUUUCAAAAAAGAAGAAGAAAAAGAAGCAUAGGAAAUCGUCAAGAGCGUCCUCAUACGAAAGCGAACACCCAUCUUUGGCUGAGGAGUCACCAAUAUCUACGGAAAUUGGCAUGAAAAAGAAGAAAAAAGAUAAAAAACACAAGGAUGUUGAGCUCCGAAAACAACGUUCUCCUUCUUUGAGCCAGGCAAGCAAUAUUUCAGACAAAUUACCUUCGGGAGGGUCCUCAAGAAACGGUGACGAGCAAGCUCUUAGUGAAAGUGAGUUGGAAUCAAAGCGUGCAGCAUUAUUGGCUCAGCUAAAAGAACAAAUGGAGGAGUAAGAGCCGAAUUUGAUUUAAAAUUAUUACCUACUAUUUUAAGAGGAUAUUAAAAUUACAAUAUUUUUAAUGAAUUCAAAGCAUUUUUAAACAAAAUCUUAACAGCAUUAUUAUUAUUUAUUUAGUGCAUCAAUGUUAAUACAAAAAUUGUGAACAAAAACCAAGAAUAAUAAAGUCGUGCAAAUCAAUUUGAUUUGUCGUUAUUUUGCUGA